AUUUUCAUUUCCAAAAGAAUUACAUUUUCAUCAAAUUAAUACCAUAACUAUGGAAAUCAUCAGAUUUAUCCCUCCUCUUCUACUCAUUUAUUUCUCAUUAUUCAUGUUAUUUCGAUUUUCAUAUGCUGCUCCACUGUUAGAUCAUGAAGUGAAGAUGACUAUACCUUCAAGUCCUAGGAAGCUGAAGUUCGAUGAACAGCCAAAUGUGAAAAUCAGUGGGAAUCAAAUGAAUUUGGUCCCAUUGAACACUGCACAACAAACUUCAUUAAAAGGUAAAGAACAUGAGGCAGAAGUUGUACAUGCAAGAAAAGGUACAAGGCAAGAGUGGGUUGAAGGGAAAGACACUUCUGAUUUCUUCACAAUGGAUUAUCAUUGGGUUAGACGACGACGUCCCAUACAUAACAAGUCCGUUCGACCGUAAAAUAACAAUCUCAAACUAGUCAGGAUCGACUUUUUAGUUUGUAUGAAUCCUCAAUAUAUUAUCGUAUAGUAAUUCCCGAUAUUCAGUAAAAAAAGAAAUGUAGUAGUUUUUUGGGAAUACAAUUUUGACUUAUUAGGAAAAUGAAGUGUGUUACGUUUUGUUGUAAUUACGAGUUUAGUUACUAUUAUAAGAAUAUUAGGAUUAUG